AUGUGUAAAAAGUUCUUAUCCAUUUUUAAUGUUCUGCACAGAACACAUGUAACAUAUUUAAAGAGCGAACAAAAAAAAGUACUAUAUGAAUUAUAUAAAAAAGAGAUACCAAAGAUAAGUGAACAUAAAGCAUACAGUGAUAUUAUAAAAUUACAAAAACAUUCUCAAAUAUUAUAUUCUUUAAAUGAAGAAUUAGAUAUAUAUAAAAAAUUAUUAAAAGAAAUUACAUAUUCCAAAGAUUCUUAUGAAGAGCGUUUAAAAAAAAAUGAAGACAUAAAUCAUUUGAAUUGCCAUAUAGAAAAUGUAUCUAAUUUAAUAAUUGAUGAUAUAAUAUUAUUUUAUAAGUCUUAUGUUAAUCAGGACCAUCACCUCGAUGCAACAGAAAUUAAAAUGGAGAUUACUGCUGGAGUUGGAGGAUUCGAAGCGAAAAUGUUUUCAAAAGAAUUAUUUCACAUGUAUGAAAAUUUUUGUAAGGUUCGAAAUUAUGAUUAUGAAAUGAAAGAGAUGAUAAAUGAUGAAGCUAAAGAAAAUAAAAAUAUUGUUUUAUAUAUUAGAGGAAACAAUAUUUAUGAAGACUUUUAUCAAGAAAACGGUAUUCAUCGUGUACAACGUGUUCCAAUUAAUAGUAACAAAGUUCAAACAUCUACCUCUGUUGUUUUUAUAUGUGAUGAAAAAAAACAAAAAGAUAAUAUUAUGAAAAAAAUCAAUUUCUCUAAACAUGAUCUCAUAGUUCAAACAAAACGUUCAGGAGGUGCAGGAGGGCAAAGUGUAAAUAAAAAUGAAACAUGUGUUAAAAUUUUACAUAAACCUACAAAUAUUUUUGUACAAGUACAAAAAACGUCCAGUCAAAUACAUAAUAAAAAUUUAGCUAUGCAACUAUUAAAAGAUAAAUUAUAUAACUUCUAUUAUGAACUUGAAAAAAAUAAUUUUUUAAAAGAUAAAAAAAAUCAAAAACAAAGUGUAGAUAGAAGCCAUAAAAUUAGAACAUACAAUUUUUUACAUGAUGUUAUUAUAGAUCAUAUAACAAAUACACAAUAUUCAGGAAUACAAAACUUUUUUAAAGGACACAUGUUAAUACAACUUAUAAAUAAAAAAAAACAAUUAUUUUAUCAAAAUAUAAUUGAUCAAACACUUCAAUAUAUAUUUGCUUUAAUGGACUGCCAAAAGGGACCUCUCGACACUUUAUCCCAAAAUAAAUAA